GUUCCUGGACGAAUACGCCAAGCACAACCUGACCUUCUGGGCAGUGACAGCGGAGAACGAGCCCUCAGCCGGGCUGAUCAACAACUACCCCUUCCAGUGCCUGGGCUUCACAGCCGAGCAGCAGCGGGACUUCAUUGCACAGGACCUGGGCCCCGCGCUGGCCAACAGCUCCCACCGCCAUGUCCAGCUCAUCAUCCUGGACGACAACCGGCUCCACCUCCCACACUGGGCCAAAGUGUUCCUGGAUGAUGAAGAGGCAGCUCGCUACGUCCACGGCAUUGGCAUCCACUGGUACCUGGACUUCAUCGGUCCCAUACAGGACACAGUGGUGCCCACUCAUGAGCUCUUCCCUGACUACUUCAUCCUGGCCACAGAGGCGUGCAUCGGGGCCCAUUUCUGGGAGAGGGACGUGAUCCUGGGGAAGAAAUUCUUUACUGUGAGGGUGAACCUGAACCACUUUGUGGCCGACUGGAACCUGGCCCUGCACCUGGAGGGGGGCCCCAACUGGGUCAAGAACUAUGUGGACAGCCCCGUCAUCGUGGACAGCAGCAAGGACGUCUUCUACAAGCAGCCCAUGUUCUAUCACAUGGGGCACUUCAGCAAGUUCAUCCCCGAGGGCUCCCAGCGCGUGGGACUUGUUGCCUCCAAAGAGUCCAAGAAGACGGACUUGGAGUACACAGCUUUGCUGCGCCCCGAUGGUGCCGUGGAGGUGGUGGUU